GCCGCGGAGGAUUGUGGGAGGAGGUUGUCUCCAAUUUCUCCUCCCCCUCCCCCUUUCCCGGCCAAGAUGUCUGACAUGGAGGAUGAUUUCAUGUGCGAUGAUGAGGAGGACUACGACCUGGAAUAUUCUGAAGAUAGUAACUCCGAACCAAAUGUGGAUUUGGAAAAUCAGUACUAUAAUUCCAAAGCGUUGAAAGAAGAUGACCCAAAAGCAGCAUUAAGCAGUUUCCAAAAGGUUUUGGAACUUGAAGGUGAAAAAGGAGAAUGGGGAUUUAAAGCACUGAAACAAAUGAUUAAGAUUAACUUUAAGUUGACAAACUUCCCAGAAAUGAUGAACAGAUAUAAACAGCUGUUGACAUAUAUUCGGAGUGCAGUCACAAGAAAUUAUUCUGAAAAAUCCAUUAAUUCUAUUCUUGAUUAUAUCUCCACUUCUAAACAGAAUUCUGAUUUUUUAUGUCAGAUGGAUUUACUGCAGGAAUUCUAUGAAACAACACUGGAAGCUUUGAAAGAUGCUAAGAAUGAUAGACUCUGGUUUAAGACAAACACAAAGCUUGGAAAAUUAUAUUUAGAACGUGAGGAAUAUGGAAAGCUUCAAAAAAUUUUACGCCAAUUACAUCAAUCCUGCCAGACUGAUGAUGGAGAAGAUGACCUGAAAAAAGGUACACAGUUAUUAGAAAUAUAUGCUUUGGAAAUUCAGAUGUACACAGCACAGAAGAAUAACAAAAAGCUAAAAGCACUCUAUGAACAAUCACUUCACAUCAAGUCUGCCAUCCCUCAUCCACUGAUCAUGGGAGUCAUCAGAGAAUGUGGUGGUAAAAUGCACUUGAGAGAGGGUGAAUUUGAAAAGGCACACACUGAUUUUUUUGAAGCCUUCAAGAAUUAUGAUGAAUCGGGGAGUCCUAGACGAACUACUUGCUUAAAAUAUUUGGUCUUAGCAAAUAUGCUAAUGAAAUCGGGAAUAAAUCCAUUUGACUCACAGGAGGCCAAGCCGUACAAAAAUGAUCCAGAAAUUCUAGCAAUGACGAAUUUAGUAAGUGCCUAUCAGAAUAAUGACAUCACUGAAUUUGAAAAGAUUCUGAAAACAAAUCACAGCAACAUCAUGGAUGAUCCUUUCAUAAGGGAACAUAUUGAAGAGCUUUUACGAAACAUCAGAACACAAGUGCUCAUAAAAUUAAUUAAGCCUUACACAAGAAUACAUAUUCCUUUUAUUUCUAAGGAGUUAAACAUAGAUGUAGCUGAUGUGGAGAGCUUGCUGGUGCAGUGCAUAUUGGAUAACACUAUUCAUGGCCGAAUUGAUCAAGUCAACCAACUCCUUGAACUGGAUCAUCAGAAGAGGGGUGGUGCACGAUAUACUGCUCUAGAUAAAUGGACCAACCAAUUAAAUUCUCUCAACCAGGCUGUAGUCAGUAAACUGGCUUAACAGAGAACAAGCUUCUACAGACAUACUUAAGGCAAAGUGCAGAGAUGUAAUCCUUAAAAGAACUGGGAAUGGCAAAACUACUGUCGGUUGAUGUGUCCUGAAAAUUAUUGGCGUUAUGGCAGAAGUGCUUUUUGAUCAACUGGUUUGUGUUUUGCUGCUGCAUUUAUCCCAAGAAAAACAGCUUUAAUCUCCAGAAGAAAACCAAAAUGCCAUGGGAUUUAUGCUGUAUUGACAUCUUGCCCUAAACAUACAACAUCAUAGUAAUUUGUCGUGGGCAUCAUGACCAGAGAGAAGAUUUUUGUCAUGAUUUUAAGUACACUGACAUGCUACUGUUGGUUAAAUUUAAACAUGUUUUACCUGCAGAAAUUCUCACAAAUAACCUGCAAUAACUUGAAAUGCAUACCCUUUUGAACACUUCUUUUUCUCAUGUAUAAACUAAAAUGUUUGCUGCAUUUUGCAAAAUGUCAAUUCUCCAAAAAUGUGUCCGUAUAUUUCUGUACCUGCAGUGUAGUAAAGGUUUAGAUGAAACCCCUUAAUUAUAGUGGCAUACUGUCACUUAGGUUUCAAGCAGCAAAAUAAACAGUGCAGCUCAGAAAUUGUA